AUGAAGGGCAUCAAGACGAUCUUUCAGGAGAUGAGCAUAUCGGGAGUGGCCGUUGACACCUACACGGUCUCGAUCCUUCUCAGCGCUCUCUUUCAUGUGCGCACAGAUACCACGCACCUCGUCUUCGCACUCUUGCGUCAAAAUGGCAUUAAUUUCGUCCACGAUCAUAUCACGUCGAGCGACCCGGUGGUUAAGCCCGAGUUCAACCCGCAAUACUUUGAGUACGGAAGUGACCUCGACGUGAUCAUGGAGAUCGCCAAGUUCGUGCGCAACAUUGUGCAGCAUGCGCCGUUGAAGGACAUGAUCGAGAAGGAGGUCAUGCCGGGGCUGGCCGUGCAGAACGGCGAGCAGUUUAAGGGCAAAUUCCUGUCCGCUUCCCCCUGCCACAUUCAAACAUUGAUGUAUGGCACACAGAUGUACUGCACAAAUAACCUCAGGGUCGUCGACCUGUCGAUUGUCCCACUGAACGUUGCCUCACACCUGCAAUCUGUUGCGUAUGCGAUAGCUGAGCAAGCGGCAGACAUUAUCAAAAGCACGUUCCUGCCUUAG